AUGAAUACCAAGAUUUUUGUUAAAGCUUAGCCAUAAAUCAUAAUAAAACACUUUUAGCUAUAUCAGGAAAGAAUCAUGUAAGAAUACUCUUAUUCAAAUUAAGGAAACUAAAAUAACUCUAAAUAUUUCCAAAAAUAUAAAGAAGUAUCUCUUAAUUUAAUUUCUUGUAGAGAAGAUCAUUAUUAAUUUGUUGUUAUAAAGAUGGAUCUAUAAUUAUAUGGUCUUUAAAUCUCAUAUCAAAUCCAAAAUAUUUGUUUAAACUUAGGAAACAUAUGCAAGCUAUAUCAAGUAUGGUUGUGCAUAUAGAAUAGGUUUUAUUACUAAUGGACUUUUUGCAUUUUAAUCAAGAAUACCUAGAAAUCGUCUUUUCUUAUACUAGCUUGAUGAAAAUACAUAAAUGUUCAACAAAUUAUAAGAUGUAAUAGUAGAAGGUGUAGGAGGUAAUAAAACAUGUGCUAUAUUCUUCCCUCUUGUUUAUAUAGAUAAUAAACAAAUUCUUAUAUCUAAAAAUGGAUAGAAAAUUAAUUUAAUAAAAUUAACAUUCUCUCCAUCAAAUUAAUUAUUCAAUUAAAUUUAAACAAUAGAUUAUGGAUUCUAACCAAAUGGCUGGCUAUUUGGUACUGUCACACAAGAUGGGGAAUAUUUGAUAACCUGGGAUCAAAAGUCUAAGAACAUUUAAAUACGAUCAUACUAAGAAAAGAUAAUGAAAUAAGAAUAAAACUGA